UAGGUUAUUUUUAUUUAUUUCUGUGAAUGUGAUUUUCAUAAUAGCGAAAAAUUCAUGUUAUUUGACUUUCAAUUAUACGACUUACUCUUCAAUAACAAAUGAGUUCCCAAUGGGAUAGCAUGUUUACGUUUUCGUCGUUUUAAAAGUUAUCCUGAGGAAUUAUUGUCGUUGUGAAUGGAACAUUUUUCUUUCCCGAUGCGGCCUGAAACAAAUUUAAGUAAUAAUUCUGCACAAUGAGUUCAUCUAGGGAACCCAAUGAAAUUGGGAAUAUACUUUCUGGAAGAGAAGUGGCAAAUGAAAUACGCAAUGCUCUAACCUCUGAGGUAACAAAACUAUGUGAAGAAUUGCCUGGUUUCAAGCCUGGUUUGGCCAUUGUACAAGUUGGUGCUCGAGAAGACUCUAAUGUUUACAUCCGCAUGAAAGUAAAAGCUGCUAGUCAGAUUGGAAUAGAAGCCACUCAUGUAAAAUUACCAAGGACAAUCACUGAAGCAGAGCUUCUGAUGAAACUGAAUAAACUGAAUGGUGAUCCAAAUAUCCAUGGGAUAAUUGUACAGAUGCCACUGGAUGCAGACUGUCCUAUAGACUCCCACAUCAUUACUGAUGCUGUAUCUCCAGAAAAAGAUGUAGAUGGACUGAAUACAAUUAAUGAAGGAAGACUUGCUGUUGGGGAUCUGUCUGGGUUCCUACCAUGCACACCAAAUGGGGUCAUGGAGCUUAUAAAGAGGUAA